UCCGCCAUGUUGGCCAUGGCGUAUUGAACCGGGGAGGAACAGCGGUGCCUAGGAGAGAAAGAGACCGACAGAGAGCGACCGAGAUCCGGGCCUGCCCGGCUCUGUUCGCGCUGCUACGGACCCAAGCCCGCCCUCAAUCGACCGGCUGACUCUCAGAGACCGUCACAGAUUCCUCCAUGAGAACUCGAGGCAGACCUGCUGUUAUUCCUAGCAGAUCGAAUAGAUUUAUGCUGCAUCUUUUAUUAUAAAAAUGAGUAAAUUGUCGUUUCGGGCACGGGCACUGGAUGCUAGUAAGCCCCUGCCCGUCUUCCGCUGCGAGGAUUUGCCGGACCUGCACGAAUAUGCCUCAAUCAACCGGGCAGUACCGCAGAUGCCGACUGGGAUGGAAAAAGAGGAGGAAUCGGAGCACCAUCUCCAGCGGGCCAUCUCGGCACAGCAGGUAUAUGGCGAGAAGCGGGACAACAUGGUUAUCCCCGUCCCCGAGGCAGAGUGCAACAUCACGCACUACGAGUCCCUCUACCCCGGGGAGUUCAAAAUGCCAAAGCAGCUUAUUCACAUACAGCCUUUUAGUUUGGAUACAGAGCAGCCAGACUAUGACCUAGAUUCAGAGGAUGAUACGUUUGUGAAUAAGCUGAAGAAGAAAAUGGAAAUCACCGCCCUGCAGUUUGAAGAAAUGAUAGACCGGCUGGAAAAAGGCAGUGGACAGCAGCUUGUCAGUCUACAGGAAGCCAAACUGUUACUGAAGGAGGACGACGAGCUGAUCAAGGAGGUCUUUGACUACUGGAGCCGAAAGAGGAAAACCUGCAAGGGUGGCUCCCUCAUCCCCAACGUCAAGCAGGAGAAGAGGGAUGGCUCGAGCACCAGCGACCCUUACGUGGCCUUUCGCCGACGGACGGAGAAGAUGCAGACUAGGAAGAAUCGAAAGAAUGAUGAGGCAUCUUAUGAGAAGAUGCUGAAGCUGCGCAGGGACCUGAGUCGAGCUGUCACCAUCUUGGAGAUGAUCAAAAGACGAGAGAAGAGUAAGAGGGAACUGUUGCACCUCACACUGGAAAUUGUGGAAAAGAGGAAUGCUUUGCCAGACUUUGGCAGUGAGGUGAUGGCAGAAGCACUGGCACAGCGGGCUCUGGUGAAGCCUGUUUACGCCAUCCCCAUCAUUCCCCUGUCCAGCAGUAACCAGUACAGACACCAGGACCACUUGGACAUGAAGGACUACAAGAAACCUGAGAAGACGGAGGGAGUUCGAACCAAAAGGAAAUAUGAAAAGAAACCCAAAAUCCUGCCUCUGUCAGCACCUCAACAUUCAGGGCCCUCUGUGUUCAAUCCCAAGGACCUUAACCAGUAUGAUUUCCCCAGCUCAGAUGAAGAACCAUUCUCACAGAUCCAUUCAGGUUCCUCUGAGGCAGAAGAAGAGAAUGACCCAGAUGGCUGCUAUGCGUUCAGGAGGAAGGCCGGCUGUCAGUACUACGCUUGUCGUCCAGACGAGAGUGGCAGCUGGCCCUGGGUGAGCCCGUCGGAGGGUGGGCUCGGCGACCCACGCUUCCGCUACUGUCUGACCUCGCUGAACAUCCCACGGCGCUGCAUAGGUUUGGCACGGCGCCGUGUGGGCAGAGGGGGCAGGAUCUUGUUGGACAGAGCGCACACAGAUGUAGACAACAUCUACCAGAGCAUGGACUCCGACCCAGAGCCCGAACCACUCGCUUCACCACUUCCAAGCUCUCCGCUCCACAACUCCAACGCCAGUACCUCAGAAACCAAUACCUCGGACCCAACCAGCUCCUCCCACCUUCCCUCAUCUCCAUCAUCCCUGUCGUCAUUAAAACCGAAGGACCUCAGCCAGAUUCUUUUGAACAUUAAAUCUUGCCGCUGGAGGCACUUCAGACCACGGACGCUAUCUCAUCACCCUUUGGGUGGAGGAGAUUUGUCACACAGAGGAUUUAGGGAUUUCAGUCGGACUGUGUCGGGACUAAACCGGACCCUGUCUGGAGGAGCCAGCACCCAGAACCGCACUGGGCCAGCCACCACUCCUGUCAAUGUGUUCACGGCUGAGCAGUACCAGCAGCACCAGGAGCAGCUGGCCCUCAUGCAGAAACAGCAGCUGGAGCAGAGUGAGCAGCAACAGCAACAAGCCAACAAUGUUACUACAACUACCAACACACAGGCGCUCGCGUCAAAGACAUUAGACCAGGCCAGCGCACAGUUUGCUGCUUCAGCCCUCGUCUCCACGGAUCAGCUGCUGGCUUUCAAGUCCAAAGAGGAGCUAGUGCUCGCGAGUGGAGUCAACGGGGUCUUAGCAGGUGCAGGUGUUUUCAAAGGUUUGCACCUGUCCAGCACCACUGCAGCCCAUCACCAGAGCAACCAGUCGACACACACUACCACCACCGCAGCCCCCACUUUCCUCCAGCCCUCCUCCAACUCGGCCGCCUCUUUGCCCGCCAACGCUGUCCCCACCUCCCUCAACUCAACCCCCGGUGCUCAUGCAGCAGCAGCACUGGGGCUCCUGGGAUGCAGCGCUGCCAGUGCCACCCCCACCACCACUCAGGUCCUUAUCGGGAACAACAUCUGUCUGAGCGUGCCGGCGGCCGCCAACCUGGCUGGACGCCACAUCCCCCGGACCCUCGGCAAUAUGCCACCCUCUGCCUUAAAGCUGUCCACCACCACCAACCUGCAGAUGCCCAAAGUAUCUGGAGCAACAUCUAUGGACAUGAGCUCCAGGUGAGGCUUUGCUCAACAUUUCUGAUGCAUAUCAGGGAAAAUCACGAUGAAGAGAAGCCAGCACUGAACAGUAUAGCAGACAACACAGUGGCCAUGGAGGUGACGUAGUAGCGGUGCAGUGAAGAGUCCGCUCUUUAGGUGCUGUGCAUCGUAGCAUCGGGAAUGCAAAAGGGACGGCAGGACUCGGACUCGCAGACGGGAUGUGUGGCAGCGGCCGCUCGCUUGCAAUUCUCAUCUCUCAUGCUUUUUAAAACCGUUAUUUUUCUUUUUUCCCCUUUGUUUUUUUUUUUUGUUGUUGUUUUUGUUUUUUUGUUACUGUUAAAAGUAAAAUAUUGACACCUGUAAAUUAUGAAUAUGGCAAAGUUAGUAUCUGUACAGUAACUACAUAUUUGUAAUAUCCUCCCCACCACCCAGUGUGUAUAUAUUACUUGAAUACAGAACUGUCCAUUUGUGAUGUUUUGCACUUGGGAGUCAAAGGAAAAAAAAAAAAAGUGAGCCAAGUAACUUGUGGCGUGUGAGAGAGAUGUGUGAGGUGUAUAGAGAAGAGUUUUAUUACAUCAUGUGCAUGGUGCAGAGCCUGCUGUUUUAUCUAUUUAUUGUGCUGUGUUUACAGUUUCUUUGUUUUGUUUUUUUGUUUAUAUUUUUGUUUGUUUUUUGGUUUGGUUUAUUUUUUU